AUGGAUAAGACUGUGAGAAGUGUGGGGUGGUGGGUUCUCCUCCUUCCGUUUGUUCUGUCCAUACUUCUCAUUACUCCAUGUAAGGGUGGUGAUGAGCUCAUCAAUGGUCACGAAGCCAAUGUGGCCGUUUCUCAACCUCAAAAUGGAACGCUUCUCCCUCGUACUAUCCAUAAUUCUGUUGGAAAUAUCAAACCCACUAACACAACUUCAACUUCCUCAAUUGAUAAUGAUGUUGAGGUCAAUUCUCAAAAUAAUAACAAUAGAGGCGGCCGUGGUGGUGGCAGUGGUAGUGGGAAAGGAAGAGCUCGUGGGGGUGGAGGUGGAGGUGGUGGUGGAGGUGGUGGUGGUGGUGGAGGGGGAAGUGGCGGAGGUCAUGAGCAGUCUUCAUCCUUGUAG